UAUUUUUUUUUUUUUUUGCGGCGGGGUUUUAAGUCUUUCACUUGUAUUCCGGGCCCUGCACAAAUUAGCCCGGAGGUUUUAGCCAAAGAAGUGUGCAAAAGUGACAGAAUAAAGUUGGAUUAUGUUGCCACAGAGUCAGACCAUGGCCAAUGGUCCUGACUCCACGUUCAGCCUGGGUCGAAGGGUUGCCAUAGUGAAUCGAAGUAAUCUUUAUUUGAAUGCCGAUCAUACGACAGUGACGGAUGAAAAUAGACUGUUCGAUGGCUAUUCCGAUGAAUUGCUAACCUUUGCCUGGGUGGCCUGCAUUGUGUUCAUCAUUGUCGGCGUGCCGGGCAAUUUGCUGACCAUUGUGGCAUUAUCACGGGGCAGACAGACACGCAAUUCGACAGCCAUAUUUAUAAUAAACUUAUCAUGUUCGGAUUUGCUCUUUGGCUGCUUCAAUUUGCCAUUGGCCGCCUCCACAUUCAUGGAACGGGCCUGGACACACAGCGAAUUGCUGUGCCAGCUAUUCCCACUGCUACGUUAUGGCUUAUUGGCCGUAUCUUUGCUAUCCGUUUCGCUGAUAACGAUCAAUCGUUACAUUAUCAUUGCCCAUCCGCGGCAGUAUCCACGCAUUUAUCAGCGUCGUUAUUUGGCUCUCAUGGUGGCCAGCACAUGGAUCAUUACCUUCUCCAUUAUGAUACCCACUUGGCGUGGUGUAUGGGGACGUUUCGGCCUUGAUCCGAGCAUCGGUUCGUGUUCCAUACUCCACGAUAAGUACGAUCGAUCGCCCAAAGAGUUUCUCUUUAUGCUCGCAUUCAUUCUGCCCUGCGUUUGUAUUGUCAUCUGUUAUGCCCGCAUCUUUCUGCUUGUACGCCAAGCGGCCAUUCGGGCCGGCACCACCAACAAGAAUAGUCCAAAUGAUGCCACUACCAUUGCCAUUACACCGCCAGCAAAUGCCACUAUGCACGCCAAGACAAUACCACCACCAAUUGGACUGGCUGGAACGGUUUUGGAGCGGGAAAAACAAAGUGCAUCUAGUGCUGAAGUCGAUGAUGUACCCACAACUCCCCGGCCAUUUAUUGUUAAUGAGUAUCUGGCCUUUAUUGAUGACAAUGCCUCUGCUGAUAGUUUGCCCAUCUCGUAUAGCAUACGUAGAGAUCCCAAGGAGUCGGCCAUUGAGGCCAAUGUUGUGCUUAACGCAACUAAGCAGAAUACGGAGAAUGCUGCUGCUGCUGCUGCUGCUGCUGCCGGGCAAACGGGAUCGAUAGCCACAUUGGAUACCUCAGGCAUACGUAAAUCGCAAACUGUUUUGGAAAAGAAUCCAAAAUAUCCGAUCACGACUUCGUUGCGAACAUCCUUCACUCGUUUCAGUCCACGGAAAUCGCAUUAUGUAUCGAUGGGUAAUACUUCGAAUGCAUCUUCCAUAUAUCCGGGACGUAUGAGUGCCAAGGAUCGUCGUCUAUUGAAAAUGAUAUUGGUGAUAUUUGUGUGGUUUGUCAUCUGUUAUUUGCCCAUUACGGUGACCAAAAUCUGGAAAACGGCAACCGAUGUUCAUUUGUUUAAUAUAAUGGGUUAUCUGUUGAUCUAUCUGACCACAUGUAUAAAUCCCUUGAUCUAUGUAUUGAUGAGUUCGGAAUAUCGUCGUGCCUAUUGGAAUUUAUUGCGUUGCCAUCAAACCAAAUCGGAGCUCCAACAGCAACAACAGACGCAUUUGCAUAAUGCCAAAAAGAAGCAUACGGAAUCGAAUCGUGUGAUUAAAACGUGACAUGUGGCAUAUAGAGGUGAUUGCAGAUCGAUACCCAAUCAAUUGCCAUUUAUCGAUUCCGUCCCAUCGUUGAAUUCCUAAAUGAAUGGUCCAAGGGAUGCGCCACCAAGAACAUCAACAACAACAACAACAGAAACGAUAAGAAUACACCAACCGGCCCAACCUGUCCCAAUGGGUACAUGUGGGUGUAUGUGUGUGUGUGUGCGUGUGUGUGUGUGUACUGGUAGAGAAAAGAGAAUUGCAUUUUAUACCAAAUGACUUUAAUAUCUGGUUUACAUUUGAAUUCCAUGUUUAAGAACAAUCGAUGUAUGUAAUUUUGUUAGUUUUUGUUUAGUUGGUUUUCUUUUUUUUUUUUGUUUAGUUUUUGCUUGUCGCUAAUUAUUGUACCAAUACAUAAUAGAUAUAUAAUCCGUAAAUGGAUUAUAUCUAUGCCCCCAAUAAAUGCUUCGAAUAAUUGA